GUUUUAAUCAGGCGCUUACCUGCGUCAGCGUCAAUGUUUUUAUUGGUAGAAAAAGCCGAUGCUGGUUAGAGACGACUGUCGGAUAUUGUUCGUAAAGCUCAGAAGGAUCCCUGAUACUGUAGCACCAGACCACAUUUUACAGAAAAAAAGUCAUUCCCAGAUUAGAUAAUUCCACCAGGCACAUAUACCAACAGCCCGGUUACUAUGACAACCUGUAUUGACCCCAACGUCAGUGGGAUGGAGAAUCAGCCAUUACAUGAAAACCAAGAGCAGACAACUCAGGAUGUUCCAGUAGCCCCUGUUGACUCUGAUCAUGAACAUGUGGCUAUGUCAUUGUUGGAGAACCGUGAGGACAAUGGAGCACCAGUCAUGAAGUCUUUCAAUAUAGAGCCAGCUUACCAAAAUACACUGGAGAAUCCCUACAAAGAAACAACAAUAACUUUGCCCCAUCUUGUUAAAAAGGUGCCCCAGGAGGAGCUGCUGCCCCGUCCAUAUCGUACAUUUAACCAGGUGGUGCUCGUGUCCUACGUCAGUGUCUUAUGCUGCAUGUGUGUUGGCGUACUGGCCAAUCGCUAUGCCUGGCGUGCCAAGCUCCAGAAUAGUAAAGGACUGUAUGGUCUUGCCCAGAAAUGGUCACGGUUCGCUGUUUAUGCCAGCUACACUGCCUUUGGACUAGGCUUUAUUAUCAUCAUCUUAAUCAUCUUGUUAGCAACAGAAACUAUCUAAAGCCUUCUACAUUAACAAGGACUAGAGUUUAAAGUGCAACCAUGAUAUGAGUAGUGUUCUGGGGAAUUAGUUUAUUCACAAAAUCUGUAUACUUACAGAUCUAUAUGAAUGCUUGGCUAGCUUAUAAAAGGCAACCCAUAAUCUGCUUUUGAUGUAAUAUGCAUUGUAAUUAACAUAUAAAAUAUUUUGUCUGCCUUAAGUUUCAUGCAGUCUAUAUCAUUUUAUUUUCAUUUCUCUUCAGUACUCAUCAUGAUAUUAUGAUUAUGAUAAUAUAAAUCUAGUAAUAUUAUAAUAAGAUCUUUUGAAUUAAGUAGGUCAAAGGUCAAGAACAAAGAUCAUCACCAGGGAUAUUGUAGAGAAUACUUAUUGCCUCAUGCAUGGAUCUUUUAGCUGAUAUAUCUGUAUAAUCAGAUUGUUUGAAUUUACAAAAUGUACUUCUAUUUUAUCAGUAAUAAUAAUUAUAAUAAUACCUUACUGGAAUAUGUAUGGUUAAUUUGCUGUUAAGAUAAUAAGAAUACAUGUAACUCUAGAAGGUGCUGAUAUCUAACAUGGUAUUUUUUAUAGGAUAGUCAUGUUUUCUAAAUUUAUGCACGUUUGAUUUUUACGGAUCUACUUGCCAAGUAUUGGUACUUUUAAGCUUUGUUUUAUACAUUAUUAUUUUUUGCUUUACUUUGAUGUUAUGUCUUGGUAUUUAGAUGUUUUUACUAUAUUUGAUGAUCUUUGGUAUUGAGAUGUUUUUACGGUAUAUUUACAUGCAAAUUAGAGUGGACCGGGUCAGUCAGUGUUGCAAUAGACAAAUGUAGUGGGCUCCUGAAUUCCAGAAACUGUAAAACGUAUAUUUAUUUUUUGUGCAAAUGCUAAAUAUUGUUAUUGCUUUAUUGUCAUGUGUUUCUUUUCUUCCUAUUUAAGGUUGUAACUGUCCAAUACAACAUCCAGAAUUAAGAAUGUCAUUCAGCAUUUUUAGGAUUUUCUUUGAUUUGAAUAUAUUACGAUUAUUCAUCCGAACAUAACAGUAUAAAUUCACUGUCAUAUUCUACAAAUUUUUCUUUUACAGUAAUUCAAACAUUUUAUUUAUUUUUCCUGAUGUUAUAUUUAGUAACAUUUUCUAAGUUAUGAUUUUCUAUAACAAGUAUUUGUCAUGAGUGUGAGUGUGAAAGAAAAUCUGUUUAAUUAAGACUGUAUCUACUGAAAUGUUCUUUGGAGAAGACCGAUAUAGGAUAUAUCCUGCUGUCUAAUUCCUUGGUUAGAUAAUGUCUUAGCAAUCUGUUUAUUAUGUGAUUUGUUUCCUUUUAUAACAAAAUAAGUUAAAACAUAGUUUUCUAGAUUGUAAAAAAGCUAUUUUGCUACCUGUACAUGAAACAUUAUAGAGGAGGUCAUUCCACAAACAUAAAUUUACAUUUCUAUACAGACACUUGUAUGUUCUCCAUAAGGGGUAAAUGAAAAAUCAUACU